AAAUAUUAUUCUUGAUUGUCUACGAGAUGGAGAUAUUUCUAUCCGUCGACGUGCACUAGAGCUUUCGUUUGCGUUAAUUAACGCGUCCAAUGUUAGAGUGUUGACGCGUGAACUAUUAGCAUUUUUAGAGGUAGCUGACAACGAAUUUAAACAAGGAAUGACAACAAAAAUCUGUUUGGCUGCUGACAGAUUUGCUCCCAACAAACGAUGGCAUAUAGACACAGUAUUGCGCGUCCUUAAACUGGCUGGUAAUUAUGUUCGUGAAGAAAUAUUGUCAAAUUUCAUUCGGCUAGUUGCCCAAACAUCGGAAUUAAACGCCUACACGACACAAAAAUUAUAUGCUGCAUUAAAGGCAGAUAUUUCUCAGGAAUCGUUAACAUUGGCUGGCGUGUGGGUAAUCGGUGAGUAUGGUGACAUACUAAUAAAAGGUGGCAGUUUUGAAGAAGAGGAACUUGUCAAAGAGGUUACAGAGCAAGAUGUCAUUGAUCUUAUGGAUUCUAUCCUUGCGGGACCCUAUGCUAACCAAUUAACUCGAGAAUACGUUCUUACCGCGCUUAUGAAACUGGCAUCACGUUUUACAUUAGCGCCUGUAAUUCAACAUAUUAAAAAUACUCUUGAAAAAUACAACACCAGCAUUGAAGUAGAGAUACAACAACGUGCGAUUGAAUACAGUAACUUGUUUAAAUUUGAAAACAUACGACCCGCGAUUCUGGAAAGGAUGCCAAUUCCAGAAAUUAAAGAAGAACAAAGUCGUUCACAAACUGAGGAGGGUUCUCUCUUGGAAGAUUUCAGUGGAGCUUCUAAAAAGAGCGACGGGAUUGAU